CGGGGACAGGUGCGCAUGCGCCUUGCCGCUCGCAGCCCCGCCCGGCGCGUGGCCAGCGUGCUCCGGAGGGCGCGCCGCGCACGCGCGCACGCAACGCGCGUACGCACGCACGCGCGCAGGGCGGGCGUCGUCCGGUGGCCAUGGCGUCCGAGCGGCCUGCCCAGCCGGCCCGCCUGCCUCCUGGUGGCCAGCGGCGCCGCGGAAGGUGUGUCUGCUCAGUCCUUCCUCCACUGCUUCACGCUGGCCAGCGCUUGCCUUCAACCUGCAGGUGCCACUCCUGGGGGGAAGGCUAUAGACUUUGUGGAUGUGACUGAGAGCAAUGCACGCUGGGUACAAGACUUCCGUCUCAAGGCCUACGCCAGUCCUGCCAAGCUCGAGUCCAUUGACGGUGCCCGGUACCAUGCCCUCCUGAUCCCCAGCUGCCCUGGGGCCCUGGCUGUGGCCAGCAGUGGAUCUCUGGCCCGCAUCCUGCAGCACUUCCACUCUGAGAGCAAGCCUAUCUGUGCCAUCGGUCAUGGCGUUGCUGCCCUGUGUUGUGCCACCAGUGAGGACAGGUCCUGGGUGUUCCACGGCUACACUCUGACAGGGCCUUCCGUGUACGAGCUCGUGAGGGCUCCUGGCUUCGCCCGCUUGCCACUGGUGGUCGAGGACUUCGUGAAGGACUCUGGCGCUGGCUUCAGUGCCAGUGCGCCUGACGCUGUGCAUGUUGUGCUGGACCGCCAUCUGGUCACCGGACGAAUGCCAACUCCACUGUCCCUGCCGGUCCAGAACCUGCUCUUCCUCUGUAGCAGCCGGUGA